AUGGCGGACGCUGAAAUCGAAACUAAGCAGCGCAAGUCGGUCGCAUUCAGCGAAGGAUCGGUCAUUAUGGAUACCAAUGGCCAAGUUACAGAUGCCCCCCGGCUGAGAAGCCCACAGGCGCUUUCGUCCCUCGGUCGUUUUCGCCUCAGCCCCACUAACGAUGUCUUGAAUAUACAGAGAAGGAAGUCGACGAGGUCACUGAGAUGUUCAAGGGUCUCUCAAAAAAGAAGAAGUCCUCCAAGAAGUCCAAGUCCACCGAAGCUGGCGAUGAGGAGGCCCCCCGCCGCCGAUGGCGAGUUCGAUCCCUCCAUGCUGAAGAAGAAGAAGAAGAGCAGCUCCAGCAAGACCAAGAAGUCCGACGCCACCGACUUCGAGGCCAAGCUCGCUGAGGCUGGUGUUGCUGAGGAGGCUGGUGAGGAUCAGCCCGAGGCAGUGCCCGAGGGCGACCUUGAGGCCGGCACCGGUAUCUGGGCACACGACGCCACACAGCCCAUCCCCUACUCGCUCCUUGUCUCCCGUUUCUUCUCUCUCAUUGAGAGCCACCACCCCGAUCUUCUGUCCAGCGGCGCCAAGUCCUACAAGAUUCCUCCUCCCCAGUGUCUGCGUGAAGGUAACCGUCGUACCAUUUUCGCCAACAUUGCCGAUAUUUGCAAGCGCAUGAAGCGAAGCGAGGAGCACUGCACUCAAUUCCUGUUCGCUGAGUUGGGUACAUCAGGCAGUGUCGACGGCAGUCGUCGCCUGGUCAUCAAGGGCCGUUUCCAACAGAAGGGUAUCGAGUCCGUUCUGCGUCGCUAUAUUGUCGAGUACGUCACAUGCAAGACCUGCCGCAGUCCCGAUACCGAGCUCAACAAGGGUGAGAACCGUCUCUACUUCGUCACUUGCAACUCCUGCGGUUCUCGUCGUUCCGUCGCUGCCAUCAAGACCGGUUUCCGUUCCCAGAUCGGCCGCAGAAAGCGUGUGGGUUAA